GGAAUAAACCGAGUGGACCCGAGUGCCGAACAAAGACAAUUCUGAUGACGUCACAGACAGAAAUGACAGGGAUGACGUCACAGAAUAGUACCUUGACGAAGAGGAUCAACAGGGCUUGGUUUUGCGCGUCACGAUUGAUGUUAUUGCUAUUUCACAUCUGACUCCAAUCUUAGAAGAUGACUCAGUAUCGGGUAGAACGGUGGAAAUACGGGGCACGCCUCUCUCCCGUCCUGGAGGAACCCGACCCCUGCCCGUCUAGCCCAACGGCAUCGGACAUACGGGAACAUCUACUUGCUCGAUAUAUGGACAUCAAAUUUCAAGUCGGGAUUGUAGUGGAAAGAGUUGUUGAUCAUCUCCUGGAUGAGAACCAGAAGCUGCGACAGGAGAAUGAGCAACAAGACCUCGACCUCGGACUCAGAGAUUUUAAACUGGACAAUCUCAACUACAUGCUCAGCAGCAACAUGGGUCCCGUAGAUUUCCAGGAGGUGAAACGCAGGCUGGACAGACUCGCCAGCAGCUGGGGGGCAGAGAAACAGGCGGGAGUGGAGCAGAGGAAAAUGUUAGAGGAAGAGCUGAAGCAGCUGAGAUCCUCUCAUCAGCUUGUUGUCCGUGAACUAGCAGCCCUCCGUCCACAGACUGCUCCACUGAUCUGUCAGACUCAAGACAAGAAUCGGGCAAUUCUCACCGCUGUCGCUCCAACAGUCCAGGCAAAGAAGGCUCACAGACUCUGCACAGGAAGGUCCAAGAAUACAAAAUUCAGCGACAUAAAAUCACGAACGAAAGAUCCUUCUGCCUCUGGAGACAGUCUCACUAAGGCCAAGGUCACAACUAAAAGUAAGAGCAAGACGAAGGUCACUUCCGGUGGAGGACUUAUGUCAAAACACAAGCCAAGUCUUAAAACAGAAAAGAAACCCAUCCCACCUGCAAAACCUAAAGCCAUUCCUGUUCGGGUAACCAAGGACACCUCUGUUCGGAAGAAGCGCUAAGAAACUGUCUUCUCUUUUAAAUAGUUGUCAAUGUAGGUGUGAAAAGUGCCAGGAAUUGGCUUCAAAUUUGCAAUACAUUAGUAACAUGAUAUAAGUGAUUGGUUCAAUUAGGUAAAUGAAUAAAAUUGUAGAUGUUU